GGUCAACAUGAAGGCUCUCCUCUCUCUGGGGCUCUUCCUGCUUUCUGUCACUGUCCAGGCCAAGGUCUAUGAACGCUGUGAGUUCGCCAGAACUCUGAAAAGCCAUGGAAUGGAUGGUUACUUGGGAAUCAGCCUGGCAAACUGGGUGUGUUUGGCUCAGCAUGAGAGUAACUUUAACACACGAGCUACAAACUACAACCCUGGAGGCCAAAGCACCGACUAUGGGAUAUUUCAGAUCAAUAGCCGAUACUGGUGUAAUGAUGGCAAAACCCCGAGAGCAGUGAAUGCCUGUGGGAUAUCCUGCAGCGCUUUGCUCCAGGAUGACAUCACUCAAGCCAUACAAUGUGCAAAGAGGGUUGUGAGGGAUCCACAAGGCAUUAGAGCAUGGGUGGCCUGGAGAAGCCACUGUCAAAACCGAGAUCUCACCCAGUACAUUCGCAACUGUGGAGUCUAACCGCUGUGUGCCUCCACCUCAGCUCACUCUGUCUCUUUCUCGCUAUAGAAGUAGUUAUGAGAAAGGUCACAUUUCCUCAGUUUCCCCUUCAGACAAGCAGGCUCUUAUCAGAAACAGGAGCAACAUAGAGACUGUUUCCUAAGAGGCUUAAUGCUGACUAAUGUGUUCACUGUUUUAUGGAAAGCCUCCAUUAUUCUGUUAGCCAAGGCAGCAGAUGCUGGUGACAGUGAUGUAGCAUUCAGUGUCACACACAUCUCUGUACAUCAGUUCUUCACCUAUGAAGUAAUUCACAUUAAGUUUCAUUGGAACUAAUCUUCAUCUCCCCACUGUUGGAUAGACAUACAGCAAAUAUGUAAGGAGACAGUAGAUCUUGGGUAAAAUGGCAGCUGUGUGAGCUCCCAGGCCUUGUGUGGGCUCAGCAUCGAGACAGUAAA